UCUGCAGUAAGCGCUCAGUAAAUACUAUUGAAUGAAUGAUCGGGGACUGGGAAGAGGACUGCUUUCGGGUCAGGACUCCCUGGCCCUGCUCGGAGACUCAACCCCUCACCCCGAAACUCAGGUUUCUCCUGGAACAGCAUUGGUAUCAGCAGUGGGAGGCUUACGUGCAGUCCGGAGACCAGGAGUCCAGCACCUUCCCUGGGCGAAUCAAUAACGCCGAGCUCUUCGAAGAUCAGGAGUCAUGGCGGCUGAAGGAGCGCCUAGUGGAGGGUGAGGACUACAUCUUGGUUCCUGCUGAAGUUUGGCACAAACUGCUGAGCUGGUAUGGACUGGAGCACGGACAGCCGCCCAUCGAACGCAAGGUGGUGGAGCUGCCCAGCACUCAGAAGGUGGAGGUGUAUCCUGUGGAGCUGCUCCUUUGCCAGCACAGUGACAUGGACAGCCUCAACACCACACAGUUCAGCCGCGCAGACUCCAUCGAGCUGGUGCUGCGUGUGGCCCGGCAGCAGUUCCAGGUGGGACCCGAAGAGGAGACGAGACUGUGGGUGAAGAACUCGGACGGGUCCUGCGAGCGGCUGCGCAACCCCCACAUGUCGGUCCUGGAUGCCUGCCUGAGCCCCGGACAGAUAGUUGUCAUGGAGACACGCAACAAGGAUGGCACCUGGCCCAGCUCCCGGCCCCACAUCAUGAAGAACAUGGUGGAUGAGGAGGAGGCGUACCGGGGCCAGCCCGGAGUCUGCGGCCUCACGAAUCUCGGCAACACUUGCUUCAUGAACUCCGCCUUGCAGUGUCUCAGCAACGUGCCGCCUCUGACCGAGUAUUUCCUGCACAACCGCUAUCUUGAGGAACUGAAUUUCUGCAAUCCGCUAGGCAUGAAGGGAGAGAUUGCCGAGGCCUACGCUGACCUGGUUAAACAGGCCUGGUCUGGGCACCACCGCUCCGUCGUGCCCCGCAUGUUCAAGACCAAGGUGGGCCACUUUGCUUCUCAGUUCCUGGGCUACCAGCAGCAUGACUCCCAGGAGCUCCUCUCCUUCCUGCUGGACGGGCUACACGAGGACCUCAAUCGUGUCAAAAAAAAGGAGUACGUGGAGCUGCGGGACGCGGCCGGCCGGCCAGACCAGGAAGUGGCAGAGGAGGCCUGGCGCAAUCACAAGCGGCGGAACGACUCCGUCAUCGUGGACACCUUUCACGGGCUCUUUAAGUCCACGCUGGUCUGUCCCGAGUGUGGCAAGGUAUCGGUGACAUUUGACCCCUUCUGCUAUUUGAGCGUGCCUCUGCCCGUCAGCAAGGAGCGCAGCAUGGAGGUCUUCUUCGUCUCCAUGGAUCCCCGCAAGAAGCCGGAACAGCACCGGCUGGUGGUCCCCAAAGCCGGGAAGGUGCUGGAUCUCUGCAUUGCGUUGGCCAAACACACAGGCGUCUCUCCUGAUCGGAUGAUGGUGGCCGACGUGUUCAGUCACCGAUUCUAUAAGAUCUACCAGCUGGAGGAGGCCCUGAGCUGCAUUCUGGACCGAGAUGACAUCUUCAUCUACGAGGUGUCCGGAGGGUCAGGCGAGGGGCCGGGCGAGGACGUGGUGCUUCCCGUGUACCUGCGGGAGCGGGCACCCGCCCGGGACUACAGCGACUCCUACUACGGGCUCAUGCUGUUCGGCCACCCGCUGCUGGUGUCGGUGCCUCGCGAUCGCCUCUCCUGGGACGCCCUGUACCACAUCCUGCUGCAUCGCCUCUCCCGCUACGUGACUCGGCCGGACUCAGAGGACGAGGAGGAGGAAGAGGAGGAAGAGAAUAGCGAAGAGGAGAAUCUGUACAACAAGAGGCCUAAUGGACUGAGUGAGGGAGAAGAGGAGGAAGAGGAGGAGGAGGAAGAAGAGGAGGAAGAGGAAGAGGAGGAAGGGGAGGGAAGUUCCCUGGAAGGCUCCGCCCACCCGGUCUCCACCCCAGCGGAUGGAGAGGAGAAACGGGCAGAGGCAGUUGACGGCGGAGAGGGGGAAAUGGAGGGGCAUCCGGGCAGCGCCCCCGCCAGCCCCCCCAGCCCCGGCCCCGCCAACCAGCCCAAGCGGCCCUGCCGCCCCCCGCCCCGUCCCCCGCGCCGGAGAAGGAGGCGCAGGCGCAGGCGGAAGCUGCUCUUCAGUCUGCAGACGGUCAACUCCAACGGCACCAGUGACCGAGCCAGCUUCAGCGAAGACGCCAACGGGGUCUCCUUCAACUCCCAGCCUUACAUUGCCAUUGAUUGGGAUCCGGAGAUGAAGAAGCGUUACUACAAUGAGGUGGAGGCCGAGGGCUACGUGAAGCACGACUGUAUGGGUUACUUGCUGAAGAAGACCCCGGUGCGGCUACAGGAGUGCGUCGACCUCUUCACCACAGUGGAGACGCUGGAGGAGGAGAACCCCUGGUACUGCCCAACCUGCAAGCGGCACCAGCUGGCCACCAAGAAGUUAGACCUGUGGGCGCUGCCUGAGGCCCUCAUCAUCCACCUCAAGCGUUUUUCCUACACCAAGUUUUCUCGCGAGAAGCUGGACACCCUCGUCGAGUUCCCCAUCCGGGACCUGGACUUCUCCGAGUUCAUCAUCAAGCCACGGACGGAGGCCGACGCGCCCCCCUGCAAAUAUGACCUCAUCGCUGUCUCCAACCACUACGGGGGUCUGCGGGACGGCCACUACACGACGUUUGCCCGGAACAAGGACAGUGGACAGUGGCACUAUUUUGAUGACAGCAGUGUCUCCCCGGUGUCUGAAAGCCAGAUUGAGUCCAAGGCAGCCUACGUUCUCUUCUACCAGCGGCAGGACAAGGUGCGGCGGCCCCCGGCACGCCCCGGACCCCCCAGCUCCCUGGCCGCCCCUCUGACCCAGCUCUCUGGCGAUGGCCCCGCACCCCAGGCCGAGUCGAUGGAUGUGGACUGAAAGUGCUGCGGGGGGGGAGGGGAGGGGUUUCCCGGCCCUACCCCCUCAAAUCCCUGCCCUCCCCCCGUCCCACCAACACCAGCACCCCCUCCCUGGGCCUUCUCAGGUACCGCUCCCCGGGGCUCCCCGGGGCUCCCCCGGCUCAGGACUCCGCCCCCUGCUCUGCUCCUCUCGCUGCCCCCCUUCUGAUCCCACCCCCCGGGGACCCACAGCCAUAGACUCUGCUGCAGCCGCCGCCCCCCCGCCCCCUCUCCCCUGCUAGAGGGAGGGGCCCAGGAAGGCAAAACACUGCCCCCCCUCCCCGGCGCCUCCCCCACCGCAGCUCCUCUCUCCCCGGGAGAAGCACAAUCUCGCUCCCUUCCCGCCCGUGGCAGCAAGUCAAGUGCCUGCCCUCCCCCCCGUCCUCCCCCCCGCCCCCGAUCGAAGCAAUAAGGUUACCCCUCCUUCCAGAUCGGCGCCCCUGCCUCCCAGACCCCUUUCACCUGAGCCCGUUUCUUUUUUUAAUUUAUGUAUUUUUCUCUUUUGUCCCUUGGGGUGGCUGAAGUGCGGCGGCAGGGCUGCGCCAUGAGCACAGAUUGUAUUUUCUUACUGACACCUGCCUGGACCCAUGUACAUAAAGCCCUGACCGGUCCCAG